CACCUCUUACAGGAAGUCUAUUCUGACCGACCUCCACCUUCCCUGUUGCUAGUUCCCCCUACCUAGGAAUUAUUUUGUGUCUAUUUUGUAUUUAAUUUCCUAUUUAUAUGUUCUCCUCUCCCUGCAAAACUGUAAGUUCUUUAAGGGUCCGGGCCAGAGGAGGAGAGGUCUUCAUCCUGAAAGAGUUCCCAGUGACAGAGAUGGAGAAGUCGGAAGAGAUAGCCCAUUUUGAGGGAAAGUGAGGAGGUCAGUUUUGGACAUGCCCGGGCCUGGGAGAGGAGGAGGAGAGGAGCAAGCGUCCCCGGGCCCGGCUCCGGCUCCCGGGGGCGGCUCCCCCUGCCCUCCCCUCCCCGCCCCCAGCCCGGCGGCGGCGGCAGCGGCGGCGUCGGAGAAGCCUGAGCCGAGAAGGAGGAGGAGACGACUGCAGCUCGCCCAGGAUCCGCUCCAGAGCAGCUCCACAAGCUAGCUGUCGGGCCAAUGCAGCGGGACGGGCCGCCCCGCGCCCCCGCCCCCAUCCCGGGGCCCCGCCUUCCAGGCCCCGGAGGUGUUGGUAGUGUCGGCGGCGGUAGUGGCGGUGUUGGCGGCGGUGGCGGCUCUACAGCCCCAGCAGCCCCCGUCCUCCCGGGAACUACAAGUCCCAGGGGUCCCGGCGGCAGCCGCAGGGCGGAAGAGGCGGGACCGGCACCUCGGGGCCGGAAGUGGCCGGGGAGGCGGAAGUGGCGGGGCCGAGGAGGGAGCUGGAGCGUGGGGGGCGCGGCGGCAGCAGCGGCGGUAGCGGCAGCGGCGGCGGCGGCAGCAGCGGCGGCAGCAGCUGCAGCGGGACCCGGGCCCGGGCCAGCGGGGGCAGCCAGUGGGGCGGCGGGAGGCACGGGCGAGGCCACCAUGGCCAAGCAGUACGACACGGUGGAAUGCCCCUUCUGCGAUGAGGUGACCAAGUACGAGAAGCUGGCCAAGAUCGGUCAGGGCACCUUCGGUGAAGUCUUCAAGGCCAAACACAGACAGACCGGCAAGAAGGUAGCCCUGAAGAAAGUGCUGAUGGAAAAUGAAAAGGAGGGGUUUCCCAUCACUGCCUUAAGGGAAAUCAAGAUCCUUCAGCUUCUCAAACAUGAGAAUGUGGUCAACCUAAUUGAGAUCUGUAGGACCAAAGCCUCUCCCUACAACCGCUGCAAAGGUAGCAUCUACCUGGUGUUUGAUUUCUGUGAACAUGACCUUGCUGGCCUGCUGAGCAAUGCCCAUGUCAAGUUCACUCUGUCGGAGAUCAAGAAGGUGAUGCAAAUGUUGCUCAAUGGCCUCUACUAUAUCCAUCGGAAUAAGAUAUUGCAUCGGGAUAUGAAGGCUGCCAAUGUGCUCAUCACCCGAGAUGGGGUCCUGAAGUUGGCUGACUUUGGUUUGGCUCGAGCUUUCAGUCUUGCCAAGAAUAGCCAGCCAAACCGAUACACUAACAGAGUGGUGACCCUCUGGUACCGGCCCCCUGAACUGUUGCUUGGAGAGCGUGACUAUGGCCCUCCAAUAGACCUUUGGGGUGGAGGCUGCAUCAUGGCAGAAAUGUGGACCCGGAGCCCUAUCAUGCAGGGUAACACGGAGCAGCACCAGCUGGCCCUCAUCAGUCAGCUCUGUGGCUCCAUUACCUCAGAGGUGUGGCCCAAUGUGGAUAAAUACGAGCUGUAUGAGAAACUGGAACUGCCUAAAGGACAGAAGCGGAAGGUAAAAGAGCGGCUUAAAGCCUAUGUCAAGGACCCUUAUGCACUGGACCUGAUUGACAAACUGCUGGUGCUGGACCCUACCCAGCGUAUUGACAGUGACGAUGCCCUCAACCAUGACUUCUUCUGGUCAGACCCCAUGCCCUCAGACCUCAAGAAUAUGCUUUCCACUCACAGUACUUCCAUGUUUGAGUACCUGGCUCCACCCCGACGGAGAGGCGGUGGGCACAUGCCCCAACAGCCAGCCAAUCAGAGCCGCAACCCAGCAGCCACUAAUCAGACAGAGUUUGACCGAGUAUUCUAAGGUCACACGAGAUUGUUCCUUUUUUGUUGGGAGAUUUUUGUUUUUGUUUUUGGGGGGUUGGUUUUUUUUGUUUUGUUUUUUUUACAUAUAUAGAGAGAGACAUGUGACUAUUAUGUUGCUGAGAUUAUGGGGCAUUUUCAUUGUUUCCCAUUGCACAUAUAUAUAUAUUUUUUAAACUUUUGCUCUAGGUACUGGGGGGAAUGGCAAGCUAGCUAGUAAGGAUGGAGCUAGGACUGAUGGAAAGGCAUUGCAGCAUCUGGCUAUGCCAUCCCCAGGACCCACAUUUAUGGACAGUACUUGGCACUGUCUUUUCCUCUAGAAGAGGACCUCAUUUUUUGAGGAAAGCAGUCAGUUUUCCUAGGCUGUCCUCUUGUUUUUAGUCAUUCUGGAGAUCCUUAGGCUCCUCUUCUUUCUAAUAGCCAGGGGAUAAGAUUAUCUUGGAUAGCCUUAGGGCCCCGUUAUUAGAAAAAUCACUGGCAGCUUCUCCCAGUCCUGCCUGUGACAGGAGACUGACUUGUUGACUGAAGGGAAGAUUAGAGCACCAGCCCUCUUUGAAUUCCAUGGUCCUCCCAUACCCUUCACUAUAUAUUCUGGGAGAUACUCUUCCAUGGAGUGAGCCCUGGGAAUCCAAAGAGAUCAGUUGGGUCUAGUCCCUCCUUGGUCCCACUUGCAUCAUGGAGGGCAGAAGAGCAAUUUUGGUUUUCUUUUUAGAAGAAUUUUAUCAUGUUACCGCUGUUUGAUUUUUUUGCUUGGCAACAUUGGUUAUAAUUAAAAGUUGACUUCCUAGCUGGCUGACUUCUGUAUUUCUGUGAUCAGUUGUACCUUUCAUAUUCCUAUGUAGUCAUGGUCUUACCAGCCCUAUUUGUGACCAUCAGGGGCAGCAUGGUAAGGCAGAAAUAACUGCAUUAAUUUCCUAUCUGUAUGCCCCUGGUGGGCGACUUGCUUCACUUCUCUCUGUAUCUGUUUAAUGUUUACUGCUUUACAGCUAAGUGUACAAAAAUGGACUUAAGUAACCAUGUUGGAGGAAAGUUCAAAGUAGAGGAGGCAGCCCUGCUUCAGGGAGCUGGGAUCAUGACAGAAACUGGUCACAAAGCUGCUCUUCCUAUCUUAUUUUCCUUCUGUAUAAUUUGCCAAGGGGAAUAACCUUUGUAAAGAAUUAAACUAUUACCAAUUGAGAAUCAAUACCUAAUAUAAAGAAGAGGGCAAAGGAGGGCCUCCCUGCAUUUUAGUCAUGUCAGUUGACUCCAAUGAACUAUAUAUAUAUAUUUCUAGAUUACUGAAAUAAGUAGAAAAUGGAAUGGUCAAGUGUGCCAUCAUUGGUCUUUUAAAGGUAGAGGGACCCAUGAGAUGCCACAGUUUUGAGAAGGGUAAAUAUAGUGCUAAUUUUUUAAAACUGGGAAGAGAAUGGAAUCUAUAAACUAUAGGCCAGUGAGCCUGUCUUCAAUUAUUGAAAAUUCUAAAAUGUUAUUAAAGUAAAAUAGUAAAGGAAGCAAAGAUCACAAGGAUAAGUAAUGGAUUAAAGCUGUAGGGAAACAAAUUUAGGUUUUAUAUAGAGAAAAAAUUAAUUAGAGCUAUCCAAAAGUUGAAUGAGCUAAUUUAGGAGGAAGGUAGUGAGCUUCUCACUGGAGAUCUUGCAGUAAAAGCCAGAUGGUCAACUAGUUGGCUCUAUUGUAGGAGGGAUUCUUGUUUCAAGUAUCAUUUGGGCUUUGCCCCUGAGGACCCUUCUAAUUAUUAAAUUCUUUGUUCAUGGAAAUAAUUAUCCCUGCUUUUUCUCAUUAGAGUGUGAGGAUCAAAUGAGGCAAAAUGUUUUUUUAAUUCUCAAGGUGUGACUUCCGUUCCAUAUACUGACCCUUCUACCUAAAGAUGGCACCACAAUAAGAACUAACAUGUACAGAGAGUACAUAAUUAUGUACAAAGAAUAUGCCCUGAUGGCUUGAGACCUGCCCUAAAGUCAUCUUGAUUUACAUAAGUGCACCUGUCUGAAGACCUCUAGGUAAAGUGAGUUUGAUGAAAGCAGGAGGAGGAACAUAGGUGGCACAGCAUCAGUCACUGGGGGUGUCUCCCUAGAAUGGAGAGGAAGAACUUAGACAGAUGGGUAGAUCAAGGUAAAGGUGGUCACUCUUGGGGUUAGAAGUCUCAAGCCUAGCCCCUAUGAGAAGGUGAUAAGUCUGCUUUCACUUGGGUUUUUUUUGUUUGGAGGGGAGUGGGAGGUGGGAGUGAGACCAUGGAGUAUCAAGCUGAAAGGGGCAAAGAGAGAGAGCACACUAUUCUAUAAUAAAGCUAAAGAAUUUCUGAUUUUUGAAAUGAGGAUUUCUUUCAGAAUUCUCUUAUAUGUAAAGUUCAAUUUGCGCAAUGCAAAUUUACAUAAAGUGAGUAAUCUCUAAUGUAGUGCGCUAAGUUUACAAAGUACUUUCUAAUCUCAUUUCAUUCUCAUAACCACUCUGAGAGGUAAGAGCUAUUGUCCCCAUUUUACAGAUGAAGAAACUGAGGUAGAUAAAGGUUAAGUGAUUAGUCCAAGAUCAAACAACUAGUUGUGUAAGACCAGAUUUGAACUUCUGUCUUUCUGACUCCAGGUCCAGCACUUUAGCCACUGCACCAUCCACAAGUUCUACACUUACAAGCUAUUAGCUAUAAUGCUUCCUCUCUCCCUUAAUGCCCUCUCACACUUGUAUAGGGUAGAAGUUAGAGGGCUUGUUUGUAAUCUGAAGACCAAGGAUUCUUUGGUAUGCUGGGCACACUCUUGGGCAGUGGAAAUAGAAUAGGGGGGUAGCUAGGUGGUUCAGUAGAUAGAAAGCCAGGUGUAGAGAUGGGAGGUCCUGGAUCCAAAUCAAAUCUUCCUAACUGUGACCCUGGGCAAGUCACUUAACCCCAAUCACUAGCCUUUACGGCUAUUCUGCCUAGGAAUCAAUACUUAAGUGUCCAUUCUAAGAUAGAAGUUAAAGAUUGAAAACAAAAGUGAUUGCAUUUCUUCCCUAAUGUAUAUGUAAAAAUAUUCCUUUUGUUUAAUUGCAAAGGAAUAGUUUUUGUUUUUUUAACCUGCUUGUAAAUGAGACCUCACCAAUAUCCUCAGCUUUAAUUUGGCCCUCCUAAGGCUUUGUAGUCUGUGAUCACAGACAAAAGGGAGGCCCAGCAGGGCCCUGCUUUAAACAGUGCAUCAGUUUUGCUGAGUUUUGUGUAGCAGCAAUUGCAACCUCUGUGAUGGUAUUUUGGAUUUUGUUUUUAUUUAAAGGCCUCUGUUGCUGCUCCCUUCCCAAAGUGGGAAGCUAGUGGGCUGAACUUGGACUCAGGGGCGAGAAAAAUGGAGGAGCUACUGAAGUGAGAGCUGCAGAGUUCCAUGGCCAAAGCCACGGACCACUCAGCAGGCAGGUGCAUUAGCCAGGGCUAGAGUUCAGGUAUUUGUGAAAGUGAACCACAAGUCAGAAUGUUUGAAGGUGAAAUGGCAAGUUUAUCUGCUAUCCUGCAAACAAACACAGUGAGAGUACCCAGACCCAUUAAAGUGAUAGAUGUGCCAGGGGAUGGGAGUUUACUAGUGAUGGAGCAUUUGGACAUGAGAUAUUUAAACAGUCAUGCUGCAAAGCUUGGAUCACAGUUAGCUGAUCUACACCUUCAUAACAAGAAGUGUGGUGAGGUUCUCAGGAAGGAAAAGAAAACUGUCAGGAAAGGGGAGGCGGACAGGCAGAACUUCAAUUUGUGGACCAAUUUGGGUUUGAUGUGGUAACCUGCUGUGGAUACCUCCCUCAGGUAAAUGAUUGGCAGGAGGACUGGGUAAUAUUCUAUACCAGGCACCAACUUCAACCCCAGAUAGACAUGGUGGAGGAGGAAUCUGGAGAUAGAGAAACAAGAGAACUUUGGUCUCACCUGGCAUGUUCCAAGAUCUGGAAAUGUGUACCUGCCCUACUACAUGGAGAUCUCUGGGGAGGAAAUCUAGCAGAGGAUGCAUCAGGGCCAAUUAUCUUUGAUCCAGCUUCUUUUUAUGGCCACUCAGAGUUUGAGCUUUCCAUAGCUGGAAUGUUUGGGGGGCUUUGGCAGCUCUUUUUACUCGGCUUACCACAACAAAAUUCCUAAAGUUUCAGGGUUUGAGAAGCGACUUAAACUCUAUCAGCUCUUUCACUACUUGAAUCAUUGGAAUCAUUUUGGAUCAGGGUAUAGAGGAUCUUCUCUGGAUAUAAUGAGAAACCUCAUAAAAUGAGUGCUGUCUCUUUUAGGGUUCUGGCCUCUCCCAUCUUUGGCAAUUCAAACAUAGUAUUAUUUCUCUAAGAAGGUAUGUAACAUUAUAGUCAAACAUCUAAAGUCUAGGAUUUCUCUUGUUUCUGCCCUCUCUUUCCCUGAACACCACCAUUUCCUCAAAAGGAUUGGGUUUCAUAUUUUGCUUUUAAUUUUUUCCUAUAACUAGAGUAGCUCAAUAAAGAUACUUCUUAAUCCAGAACUACAGACACAUAUAGUAGCUUAUUCACCAACUAUGAAAAAUACCCCACAGCUUAAAGAUAUUUUUAUUUUAAGGUUGAAUAUUUUGCUAGAUGCCAGAUAAAGGAAGGUAUAAUUAAGCUAUGCUCCAGGAUAAUGAUACUGUGAAGUAAUGGAUGGCAGGCAGCAUUUAGCCAUCAUGUUACCAAGAUAGAAAAAGUAUAGUAAUUGAACUUAUUUGAAGUAUGGUCAAGAAAGUUUGAUAAUUAAUAGAUGCCUUCAUUUCUUUCUUGAUUAUUUAAAAACAUUCCUUUCAACUUUUGUAGUUCUAGAAACUUUUCUUGAAAUGUGAAACAGGUUUUCCUCACCUUGCCAGCUAUCUUCCUUAUUGCAGAAUAUAAGAAUUGGUCAGUUCUUUUUUUUUACUAGAAUGGCUUAAAUCUGGAAAUAAAAGUCACUAAUUAGAAAUUUUAGAACAUUUAGGAUUGCUGAAUCUAGUAAAAACAGAUGCAGCAGCUUCUUGUGUUUUCUAAUAAUGGCGUUCUGGGUUUUUUUUCCCUGCAAAAGAGUCUAGAACCUCUACUAAUCCAAUAGCUAUUUUUCAAAUAUAAGGGAUCAAGUGUUUCUAUUUUGAUGGGAUUUGGGAGAUGGAACUGUGUUUCUCAGGAUACCAACAAAUUGAAGUUUUUUUAAGAAUACUUUUGAAGGAAUCUAUUAAUUUGUUCUCUUUUCCCCCCAAGAUUUGCAGAUCAGAAAUGUUAUCAUAAUGGAGUUGCUGAGUUGAGUCUUGAUUUUUACCAUGCAAGUUGAGGCUUCCAGAUUAUCUAGACAGAUAGAUACCUUUUUUCUCUUGCCUCCUUUGCUAUAUAGACUACUGUUAUCACAUGAAAUGGGCUUUUCAAUGCUUAAUGUAUUCCUAGCUAAGUGGAGUUUUUUAUACUUUUAAAAUUUAUUCCAUGUUGUCUUCUCAUUUUCCUAAGCAUGAGAGUCUUGAACUGAAUUGUAAACCUGCUUUAUUUAGUAUUUUAAUGAUAGGGUAAAUUUAAUGAUUGUAUUGAUGCUUAUCUCCCUUUUGCCAUGAAGAUUUCAAUGAUCUAAGCUGUUUCAGUGAUAUCUGACAAUGUAUUUACUUUUGCUGUUUAAAUGACAGCUGUGACAUCCUUGUAUAUCAAUAAAAUAGACAAAGCUUGAAAAAAAAUAAAAUAAAGGCCACUGUUAACAGAAAAUAA